CAGAACAAUCACCGUCUCUUCGCACCAAAAUAGGUAGUCUUUCCUCCGUGAAAUUACCUUUCCGAUUUGUAAAAACCGACGCGAUCCAACGCCGACUUAUAUCUCUAGCUCAACAAACCACAACGUGCUAUGAUUUGAGUCUCAAAUCUCUGGGCUUUCGCCAGGUUUUUAGGUUGGUCAUUGCAAAACUGAAUGUGAAUCGAAUCGGAUUGGAAGAAUGGCGUGGUUCAGUGGGAAAGUCUCGUUGGGGAACUUCCCCGAUCUCGCCGGCGCUGUAAAUAAGCUCCAGGAGAGCGUCAAGAACAUCGAGAAGAAUUUCGAUACCGCCCUCGGGUUUGAAGAGAAGGAGAAGCUUGAAUCCGCCAAUGAAGCUUCAGGAUUAUGGCCUUCAUCUACAGAAAGAAAAGCGCUAUUUGAUCCUGUUAUGUCCUUUAUGGGGCAAAAGAAUGAGGAUGACACUGUUGAAUCAUCACAGAAAGCUGAGUCUUCUGAGGCUCCACCACCUAAGGUUGAGAAAUCACCAGCAGAGAUUGAAUCUUCACCAAAGGUUGAGAUAUCAUCAGUGGAGCCUAAAUCUCCACCUAAGGUUGAGAAAUCGUCAGUGGAGCCUGAAUCUCUACCUAAGGUUGAGAAAUCAUCAGUGGAGCCUGAAUCUUCACCUAAGGUUGAGAAAUCAUCAGUGGAGCCUGAACCUCCACAAUGUUCAUCUGCAGUUGACGAAAAGGAUGGGGCAAGUGAAACAUUACCACAUUCUGUAACUGAACAGACUGCUGCUAAGGAGGAAAAUGACGUUGCCGAGGAAAAAAAAGAUGAAAAUCAUGCUGAGACUGCAGAAGAAACAAAGACUUUGUCAUUAGAGCCUGAGAGAUCAGAGUCUCAAUCGCCCUCAGUGCCAGUUGGGGCAAAUGAGCCUACCAUGAGUGCCUCAUCAUCAGAUUUUGUUGGUUCUCAAGAAGAAGACAAUAAGAUUUCAGUAGGGGGACUCUCAGAACUUUCAGAAUCAGCUCAAGGACUGUCAGGAGCUGUUAAUGUAGGUGAAGUAGAGGUGGGUGGUACUGCUCUGCACAGUGAGUCACAUGAUCAUGCUGAUGUGCAUGAGAAUGCGGAUGCCCAGAAGGCACACAAAGAGAAUGAUAAUGAAAUUGUGACUCAGGCUGGAGAUAUUGCUGAAGUGGUUUCUAUGGUCGAACCUGAAGAAUCAACUGAGAGCCUGCCUCGAGAUGUUGAGCCAUCUGCUAUUCACUCCGUUUCCACUGAGGUGACUCAUAGCGCUGGUGGAUCGCCUACCAACCAAUUACCUAGUGUUUAUGCUUCCAAUGAGGCUUCGGAUGUGUCUUCCGAGUUAGUUUUCAAACAAAAGGAUGCUAUCAUUGAGGAACCUGGAAUUGGUCAUCGAGUUGAUGAGAAUGAAACCAACUAUAAUGAGCAACGUCUGAAUUCAGGACAAAAGUCAGACUCUUCAUACACGGGAGCAAAUGUCUCUGAUGCUUCCAACGCUUUGCUUGAAUUAGAGAAGGUGAAGAAGGAGAUGAAAAUGAUGGAAGCUGCAUUGCAAGGUGCUGCAAGACAGGCUCAGGCAAAAGCUGAUGAAAUUGCCAAGUUCAUGAACGAAAAUGAGGAAUUAAAAACUGUGGUUGAGGAUUUGAAGAGAAAAUCCAGUGAAGCAGAAGUUGAGUCUCUGCGGGAGGAGUACCAUCAAAGGGUUGCAACACUUGAAAGGAAGGUUUACGCUCUUACUAAGGAAAGGGACACGCUUCGAAGGGAGCAGAAUAAGAAAAGUGAUGCAGCUGCACUUUUGAAGGAAAAGGAUGAAAUAAUUACUCAAGUUAUGGCUGAAGGUGAAGAGCUUUCAAAAAAACAGGCUACUCAAGAAGGUCUCAUUAGGAAACUAAGGGCUCAGAUUAGAGAGUUCGAAGAAGAGAAGAAAGGGCUGACUACCAAGCUCCAGGUAGAAGAGAAUAAAGUAGAGAGUAUCAAGAGGGACAAGACAGCUACAGAAAAGUUACUGCAGGAAACUAUAGAAAAGCACCAAACAGAACUUGCAGCACAGAAAGAGUAUUAUACUAAUGCUUUGGCUGCUGCCAAGGACGCAGAAGCAAUGGCCGAGGCACGUGCUAACAAUGAAGCCAGAUCUGAACUAGAGAGUCGUCUAAGAGACGCUCAGGAGCGUGAAGCUAUGCUAGUUCAGGCACUCGAAGAAUUACGACAAACUCUAACUAGAACAGAACAGCAGGCAGUAUUUAAAGAAGACAUGCUUCGCCGGGACGUUGAGGAUCUUCAAAAACGUUAUCAAGCAAGUGAGCGGCGAUGUGAGGAAUUGAUCACGCAAGUACCAGAAUCUACCAGGCCUCUUCUUAGGCAAAUCGAAGCAAUGCAGGAAACAACUUCCAGAAGGGCAGAAGCUUGGGCAGCUGUUGAGAGGUCUCUUACCAAUCGACUACAGGAAGCAGAGGCCAAAGCUGCUGCUGCUGAGGAAAGAGAGCGAUCGGUGAAUGAACGCUUGUCUCAAACCUUAUCUCGUAUUAACGUUCUUGAGGCUCAGAUUUCAUGUCUUAGAGCCGAGCAAUCCCAAUUAAGUAAGUCUCUUGAAAAGGAGAGACAAAGAGCAGCUGAAAAUAGGCAGGAGUACCUUGCUGCAAAGGAAGAAGCUGAUACUCAAGAAGGCCGUGCAAACCAGCUUGAAGAAGAAAUUCGUGAACUCAGGCGAAAACAUAAGCAGGAGUUACAAGAUGCUUUGAUGCACAGGGAACUGCUACAGCAGGAGGUAGAAAGGGAGAAAGCUGCUAGGUUGGAUUUGGAAAGGACAUCUCGUGUCCGUUCUGCUACUGUAUCUGAUCAGACAACUAUAACAAGGCAGAGUUCUACUUUUGAGAAUGGAAGCUUGAACAGGAAACUUUCAAGUGCUAGCAGCCUAGGGAGCAUGGAGGAAAGCUAUUUUCUACAAGCAUCUCUGGACUCGUCUGAUAGUUUCUCUGAGAGGAGAAAUGCUGGGGAAGCAACCAUGACUCCAUACUAUAUGAAGAGCAUGACGCCUAGUGCUUUUGAAGCUUCCCUUCGUCAGAAGGAGGGUGAACUUGCAUCUUACAUGUCUCGUUUGGCAUCCAUGGAAUCUAUUCGCGAUUCUCUCGCAGAGGAGUUGGUCAAAAUGACAGAACAGUGUGAAAAGUUACGAGCGGAGGCUGGCAUGUUACCUGGCAUCAGAGCUGAGCUAGAUGCACUAAGGAGGAGGCAUUCUGCUGCACUGGAGCUGAUGGGUGAACGAGAUGAGGAGCUGGAGGAACUUCGUGCGGAUAUUGUAGACUUGAAGGAGAUGUACAGAGAGCAAGUAAACUUGCUUGUGAACAAGAUACAGAUAAUGAGUUCAGCAGUUGGAAGCUAACCUCAUGUUAUAAUAUACUCAUGUAUCAAUUCAUGAUGUUCAUGGUAUAUAUAAGCCAUUGUAUACUAGUAAAUGCCACUGUUUUGAUUCAAUCUUUAUUAUGGGUUUGCUCAAGUUUGUCUUUGCCAAAGUGUUUGGAAAGGGUGGCAUGCCCUUGUUUUAGUUUUGCAUUUUUGAUGAUUGCCCUUGUUAAAGUAAAACAUGUAUGUAAUUCAGGGGAAUUGUUGUAUAGCAUGCUCUUUCGCAGACAGUUUUCAAGGUCAUACGCAAUUUAUAGAUACAACUAAGAGCCUUAUUAAACAGUAUGACCCUAUUGUAACAUCAACAACGCUUCCCAUUGCUGUUCUCUUUAUUAUUCUUAA